AUGUCCAAAAUGGCCGAUCCCUCAGUGACGAAUUUUCUUCUCCGUUCCCUGCUGCCCCCAGAGGCCGUCGACUUCAUCAACAAGAACGCCCUGCACCCUUCCUCCCCGGUCCAGAUCCUGCGCCAGCACUUCGUCGCCGCCGCAUCGCGUGCCUUCGACACGGUGUACCCUUACCUCGCGCCCGCGGUCGACGCGACUCUCGCCUUUCUGCAAGACUCCCCGGAGCUUGUGUCGUUCGGCAUCCUGCUCGCGCUACUGGCCGCGACGGUCGUGGUACUCAACUGGAUCCGCCGCGUCGUGGCGUUCUGGACUGCGCUCGUGCUGAGGAUCGCCUUCUGGGGUGCCGUUGUCGCCGUUCUUGCGGCUGUGGUGCAGAGGGGUGUCUGGGAGACGGCAAAGGAUGCGGUCGUUGUCGGCGGCAAGGUCGUGGGUUUCGCAACGGCGUUGAAGGAUGUGUGGAUUUCCGAGUACAAGAGAUACGAAGAGGAGACGCAGUUUCAAGGAAGGAGGCACCGAUGA